AUGGAGCCAUAUCGCAUUGGUUCUACCGGACUCCUGGUCUCAAAAGGCAGACGAACACGCACAGGAUUCACAUUGCAUGAUGACCAAUUAAUAUUCGACCAUUUUGCGGAGAUACUGCAAAAUGACCCUCAUGCUCAGAUACGUGGUCGUAACCCUUUCAUCGAAUUUGAGAGGAAGUAUCCACACCACCCAGCGCAAUCGUGGCGUGGCAGAUAUCUAAAGCAGAUUCAUGGAAAACCUCGGCCUGGUGGUCAUUUGAACCAUGUCUCUGAAGACUCAUCUCAUGUUGAACUUCCUGCUGCGCAAACGAUCCCUGAUCCAAAAAUUCCGGUUGGUGCAGAAAGCCGAGCUCAUAAAGCAAGUCCACGGCGUGCUAUAGCAGAACCUUGUCCAACGACUCGUAUCACCAAGAAACCGAGAAUCAGUACUACUUCUGAGGGAUCCGCCAGUGCUAUUAAGCACAGGCAAAAAAGAAGCGAGUCACACCUCCGCAAUGAUAAUAAUGAACGUACUCCACUAUCAAAUGUGGACACGAAUACUGCGUCAGCUUUGAAUGAGCCCAUUAGUAUUUAUCAGUCUGCUUUUUGGAAGCAGCUUGAACACUUAGGUUACAGGCCGCAGAAAAACGAUAAGCCCAUAAGCGUUGAUCCUUCAACAUUUUUGCUCCCAUUUCAGCGUCUGGGAUACAAGCCUUGGAAACCCAAAGGAAAGGACGAAAGUGUGGAUGAGCUUAACAACUGGAUCGCCGCCAAGGUACGCUCAGGAUAUGAACUCCAGACCGUGGUAAAAGCGCUCCAUUGCACGAGCAUGAUUACAAAAAAAGCCGAAACUGCACUGGGGAAAUGGGGCCCUAAUGAUACUGUUCCAACGGGCGUUCGUGGUUGUUGGACGAAAAAAGACGAUGAUGACUUGACAGGAGUGGAUGCACGGGGCAUUGAACGUGUUUUUGCACUACAUGGGACUCCCAAUGUUGAUAUCAGAUGGCGCUUUCUCAGCAGUGUGACGUCGAAGGAACAAUCCAGCAAAUAG